AUGGUUACUGAAGGAAUAAUCACGAAGAGAGUCGUUAGUUCUGAUUUAGCUAGACUGUUCGAUCCACUUGGUUUAGUAGCUCCAGUAAUAGUCAAAGCAAAGAUUUUCAUACAACACUUAUGGCAGUUGAAAUUAUCUUGGGAUGAACCACUUCCUACAGAUCUUUGUACAACAUGGUCAACAUUCAGAGAAAACUUAAGUACUCUUGAAAAUCUUCAGGUGGCAAGACAUAUCUUCAGAGGCGAGGUUCCAUCAUCAACACAGCUACAUAUUUUUGCUGACGCAUCUGAAAAGGCAUUUGGUGCUGCAGCAUAUGUCAGAGCAAUUUUAAAAGAUGGUAGAAUAAUAGUGCGACUGUUAUGUGCAAAGUCAAGAGUAGCACCACUCAAAAAACAAACGCUACCGCGACUAGAACUAUGUGCGGCAGUCCUAGCAGCGGAACUCUCAGCAAGAGUGAAUAGCGAUCUUCAAGAGAAGGACCAGCCGGUAUUUUUGUGGACUGAUUCAGAAAUUGUGUUGUCUUGGAUCAACUCACAGUCCUCAUCAUUUCAAACAUUUGUAGCUAACAGGGUGGCAAGAAUUCAAACUUUAACUCUGUCUGAACAGUGGCGACAUGUUAGGUCAAAAGACAACCCAGCUGAUGUGUUAUCAAGAGGACUUUCAGCAAGGGCGUUGUCAACAUGUGCACUUUGGUUUCAAGGACCGUUCUUUUUGCAUGGAAGGCAGGAAGUAUGUCCACCAAGGUUUUCAUCAUCAUUACAAGUUCCAGUCGAUCUGGAGAAGAAGAAGGUUGUAGCUGUAGCAACUCAAAGCAAUGACGCAGAUUUCAUAUACAGGAUUCAGCACAAGAAUUCAUUUAAGACGUUACAAAAGAUAGUAGCAUAUGUUCUUAGAUUCACUAACAACGCAAGAAAAUCAAAGGAGUCACGUGCCACACAUAUAGUACUUAGUGCCAACGAAUUGGAUGCAGCAUUAAUAACUAUAAUAUGUCACAUUCAGGGUAAUGAUUUUCAUGAAGAAAUCAAACAACUGAAGAAACAAGGUCAUGUUGAUAAAUCUAGUUCAAUCAGUAGUUUAUCUCCAUUCAUUGAUAAUGCAAAUGUUCUUAGAGUAGGAGGACGCUUAGAAGCCUCAUCAUUACCAUACGAUUCUAAACACCCAAUGCUGAUCCCAUACAAUGAUCCAUUGGCAAAAUUAUUAUUCGUGAUGUUCCAUGAAGAAAACAAGCACUGUGGCCCGCAGGCACUAUUGAGUAUAAUCCGACAACGUUUUUGGCCGAUUAAAGGUAAAUCAACAGCCCGAGCAACGGUUCAGCGAUGCAUUCGAUGCAACAAAGCACGUCCGCAAUUAUGCCAACAAAUUAUGGGCAAUUUACCAGAAUCAAGAAUAACUCCUGCAAGACCUUUCAUUAAUGCUGGUGUAGAUUAUUGCGGACCAUUUUGGAUCCACUACAAGGUGAGAGGCAAAAAGCCAACAAAGGCAUAUAUUGCUGUCUUUUGUUGCUUUUCUACAAAGGCGGUACAUCUCGAGUUAGUGACCGACUUAUCAACAAAUGCUUUCAUUGGAGCAUUAAAACGAUUUAUAAGUCGACGAGGGCGUUGUUUGAAUAUUUACAGUGAUAACGCAACAAACUUCGUAGGCGCCAAAAACCAGUUAGCAGAAUUAGAAGAAAACAUUUAUUCUAAUGAAGGACAAGAAGCAAUAAUCUCUGCCUGCAGUACCACAGGAAUAAAUUUUCAUUUUAUUCCACCAAGAGCUCCACACUUUGGCGGUUUAUGGGAAGCAUCCGUAAAGUCCGCAAAAUAUUUGUUACUACGCAGCAUUUCAACAGCAUCAUUGACGUAUGAAGAACUCGAAACAGUAGUGGUGGAAAUUGAAGCGAUAUUAAAUUCACGACCAUUGACUCCAAUGUCCAAUGAUCCAAAUGAUUUGACAGCAUUAACUCCAGGACACUUAUUAAUUGGAGAAGCUCUUACAACUCAUGUAGACAGCCGAUCGAAACCAGAAAAACACACGUUAGUGUCACGUUGGAACCUAGUUUCCCAGUUAAAACAUAAUUUCUGGAAACGCUGGUCUAACGAAUAUUUAAUGGAACUGCAACAACGUAACAAAUGGAAAACACAAUCUGCCAACAUACAGUUAGGAGACAUGGUUAUAAUCAAAGAAGAUAACGUCCCAGUGAUGCAGUGGCCCUUGGGACGAAUUGUACAUGUGUACAAGGGUACAGAUGGACAUAUCCGAGUAGCUGAUGUUAAAACAUCGGCAGGCAUUUUUAAACGCCCAAUUCAUCGAUUAGCUAUACUGCCUGUAAAUACAGAUGAUCAACCAACAAUGGCUGAAGCUGAUCACGAAGUACCUCCUGACAAGUUAAUUAUGAAAGAUAGAAAAGAGUCGUAUGAAGAGCCCAAGACAAAACGUGGAAAACUGCCGACCAAUUUGUACUGUUCUGUAUUACUUACACUAUUACUGAUAUUGCCAAUAGUAAUAGGAUCUCCAAUUGACAAUAAAAGGUUUGGCACAAAAUUGGGUAUUCACUUUGAAAAUCUGGGCACAACUGCCAUAUCAACCACUGAAUGGAAUCUACUAGUUUAUUAUGAUUUAAGUCUUUAUUGGACGGAAGCAGCAGCUCUAAACACAGGAAUAAUGUCGCUACAUCAAGCUUGUCAACAAAUGAAACCAAACGCAUCAUGUGCGAAUACAGUUAAUCACUUUAAACAAAUUGAAUCCGAACUACAACUCGAUGAUAAAUUACUUCAUGAUCAUCGCUUCAAAAGAGGAGCAAUUGACCUUGUAGGCAAUAUUGCACAUUGA